AUGUCUUUCAUGCCAGUUUCUAGCCACCUUUCUAUAAAUGAGCAAAUGAUUCCUUUCCAUGGCAAAACAUCUCUUAGACAGUAUGUCAAGAACAAGUCGAAUCCAGUUGGUCUGAAGAAUUUUGUGCUGACAACUUCUAAUGGGCUGGUACUUGGCUUUUUCAUUUACCAAGGAGCAAGCACUUGGCCUUCUGGACAACCAGAGCCAGAUCUCGGUUUGGGAGGCUCUGUGGUGAAGAAGCUAGUGGAGGGUAGGGUUCUCAGAGAGCAUGUUGUAUAUUUUGACCGAUAUUUCAGAUCAAUUACACCAUUACAAUACCUGAUGGAAAGAAAAAUAUAUGCAGUAGGAACGAUUUCAGUCAGCCAUAUUCCAUCUGCUCUCAAAUCGAAAUUCACUGCAGACAAGGAAUUGAUGGAGACAGGGAGAGGUUCCUUCGACGAGUUCAUCACAGAAGAUGGAAAAAUUUCUGUUUUGAAAUGGAUCGAUAAUCGUUCUGUAACUGUAGCAUCUACAUUCUCUGGUGCUUCUCCUACUAAUGUAGUGAAAAGAUGGGACAGAAAAGCAAAAGAGUUCAUUGAAGUACCUCAACUCAAAUGUAUGAGUAACUAUAACAAAUCAGUGGGAGGUGUGAAUCUUUGUGACAGAAUGGUUUCCUACUAUCAAAUCUCCAAAUGCACGAAGAAGUGGUCUCUAAGAGUCUUCUUCCAUUUCAUUGACAUGGCAAUUGUGCACUCGUGA